AAAAAAGAACAAAUUACGUCAAUUUUAUGUGUCAUCUCUUUGCACUUCGAGGUCAUAAAACCGAAUACACGCACAUAAAGGCAUCUUGCAUAACCUGUACUCUGUUGCUUAGAUAUCGCUGACUCGGUCUUAGAUUGCAGAGGUGAACUGUUGCAUCAGUUUUUCUUUUGUUAGGGGGACUUUUUUUUUUCUGACUCAGGAAGUCAGGCCCAAUUUGCUCUGUAAUUAAUCGAUGGUUGAUGCACGUGAAAAACUUCCUCCAUCACUGCUCAUGAAAAUUUUAUAAAGGAUGUCGGGAUUCCGCUUCUUCUUCCUCUCCUGCUACAUUUGCCUUUGUAUCUAACCGUAACCAAUUCGAUAUGCCUUACGCACUUUCCCAAGCUCACAAGCAACUCAUUGAGGGUCACCUCAAGGACACUGAUCCAGAAGUUGAAUCCAUCAUCAAGGAUGAGAUUGAGAGACAGAGACACUCCAUUGUUCUGAUCGCCUCUGAGAACUUCACCUCCACUGCUGUUUUCGAUGCUCUUGGAACCCCAAUGUGUAACAAGUACUCUGAAGGUUACCCAGGUGCCCGUUACUACGGUGGUAACGAGCACAUUGACAGAAUCGAACUCUUGUGUCAACAAAGAGCUCUCGAUGCCUUCCACUUGGACAAGGAGAAGUGGGGAGUUAACGUGCAAACUUUGUCCGGUUCUCCAGCCAACUUGCAAGUGUACCAAGCCAUCAUGAAGCCACACGAGAGAUUGAUGGGUUUGGACUUGCCACACGGUGGUCACUUGUCCCACGGUUACCAAACCGACACCAGAAAGAUCUCUGCUGUCUCCACUUACUUUGAGACCAUGCCAUACAGAGUUGACUUGGAAACCGGUAUCAUUGACUACGACACUUUGGAGAAGAACGCCAUUUUGUUCAGACCAAAGGUUUUGGUUGCCGGUACAUCUGCUUACUGUAGAUUGAUUGACUACAAGAGAAUGCGUGAGAUUGCUGACAAGGUUGGUGCCUACUUGGUUGUCGACAUGGCCCACAUCUCUGGUUUGAUCGCUGCUGGUGUCAUCCCAUCUCCAUUCGAAUACGCUGAUAUCGUCACCACCACCACCCACAAGUCCCUCAGAGGUCCAAGAGGUGCCAUGAUCUUCUUCAGAAGAGGUGUCAGAUCUGUUAACCCAAAGACCGGUAAGGAGAUCCUCUAUGACUUGGAGAACCCAAUUAACUUCUCCGUCUUCCCAGGUCACCAAGGUGGUCCACACAACCAUACCAUCACUGCUUUGGCCACUGCCUUGAAGCAAGCGGCUACCCCAGAGUUCAAGGAGUACCAAGAACAAGUGUUGAAGAACGCAAAGGCCUUGGAAGAGGAAUUCAAGAAGUUGAACUACACAUUGGUUUCUAACGGUACCGAUUCCCAUAUGGUUUUGGUUUCUUUGAGAGACAAGGGUAUUGACGGUGCCAGAAUCGAAACUGUCUGUGAAAACAUCAACAUUGCCUUGAACAAGAACUCCAUCCCAGGUGACAAGUCCGCUUUGGUCCCAGGUGGUGUCCGUAUCGGUGCCCCAGCCAUGACCACCAGAGGUUUGGGUGAGGAGGACUUCAAGAAGGUUGCUCACUACAUUGACUGGGCUGUCAACUACGCUAAGGAGGUUCAAGCUGCUUUGCCAAAGGAUGCUAACAGAUUGAAAGACUUCAAGGCCAAGGUCGCUGCUGGUUCUGAGGAAUUGUCCAAGAAGAAGCAAGAGAUCUACGAAUGGGCUGGUGAGUUCCCAUUGCCAGUCUAAAUUUUUUAGACAGUAGGGACCUUUAAAUCUUACCAUUUAACGUUUAAUUCGAAACCUUUUUAUGACAUUU